UAUAUGUAAAUAAACACAUGUUUCUGAUAACAGACGAAGCACCAAAAGUCAUUUAUUUCGGACUGGUUAUUUUAGUUUGUUUAUUUGACAAUUCAUUUUUCUCCUUUCCUUUUUAACUACAAUGAAUCUCGAAACAUCAAAAUUUACUACAAAAGAUUUUUGUGUUAGAGUGAAGAAAUUAAAAAUGACAGAUGUUGUUGAAUUAAAUCUUGUCAUUGACCAGUUAAAUGCACUGAAUUCUUUAAAUUUUUCCGGAGAUUGUAAAGAAUAUGGUGAAUUACUGUGUGAUUUAGCAAACUUGAUUCCUCCUGGAAAUGAUCACAUGCUUUCCAAGUUCUGCUGUCUUCUGUAUUUUUCUCUGCACAAACAGAAAGUAAUUCUUCAGGAGGCAUCACAAGAAUAUCUUUUAGAAUUUAUUAUACCAUCAGUUCAUUCUUGUGCUGACUGGGUUUGUAGUGAUGUACUAAUGGCACUGUCAGCUUUAUUGGAAAGCAGCAGUGAGUACAAUAAGAAAUUUAAAGACAUUCUUAUUGGAAAAAAUGGGGUUCUCACAAAAUUUUUGGAAACUGAUUAUGAUGACAAAAACAAUCAAUACAAUGCUUUUCAGUGCCUUUAUUGUCUGUUAAAGUGUUCUGGAGAAAAUCCACUAGAUGAAAAAAUGUUAGAUUUCUGUUUUAAAAAUUGUUUUUUAAUAUUAAAAGACAAAUUAAAGAGCAACAUGGGUGACAUACUUGUCCUAAAGAUAUUUAUUACUUCACUCAAGUGCUUACAGUGUGUUUUCACAUCAAAAAAUAUAAGAGUAGAUAAUUUUGGUGAAUUAUUAGGAACUCUGAAGAAUCUUUUAUUUUAUGGUCUUCCUGGUCAAACUUUCACCCAGGAUAUUAACUUAUAUCCUACGCUUAGGUAUCCUGAAACAUCUCAGCUCCAAGAAUCUCAAAGUGAAUCAGAUAGUCCAUAUCCAAAGCUCAGAAAGCAGAAAAAGAACAAAAGAAGACUAAAAAAGACUCCACAAAAAAAGCAAACACAUGAAGCACCAUCUGUUGAAGAUGAUAGGAGUGCAGCAGCUGAUGCAAGUGAAGCCAUUGCAAACCUUUCUUUAUCUUCAUCUAAAUUCUUCCCCGAGACAAAAGUGAGAAGCAGUAGCUCUGAUUCCGAGUUAUCUGAUGCUGAAAACCACAAUUCCAAAAUAAAAUCUCUACAGGCAUCUCUUAGACAAAAUGCAUAUUUAGUGUUGCAAAAUGUUGUUAAAGUUACAGAUAAAAAAGUGAUAUUUGGUUACUGGUCUUACUUUCUUCCUGAACAUCCCGUAAUACUUGGUCUUGUCUCAAGCCCGAAUAUUUUUACAACAAUCCUGAAAGAUCCUGCCUCACAGGUUCGACUAAGUGCCUUAUCUCUGUUAGCAGAAAUACUAAGAGGGUCGAAGCAGUUUUUGAUCCAUGCAGAUGGAAGGAAUGCAAGGCAUAUGUCAUUCACUUCCUUAAGUUCAAUUCUUGCUACGAUGAUUGGCGAAAUUCAUCGAUAUCUGCUUCUCGCUCUUUUAUCAGAGAACUCUAAUCUACUUCUGAUCCAGAUUCUAAAAUGUUAUGCAAUCCUGUCUGAAAAUGUGCCUUAUUGUAAACUAAACAUGGAUAUUUUAAUGAAAUUUCUGAAGCACGUCAAAACUUACCUCAGCCAUAAAGAUAUACAAGUACGUGUGGCAUGUAUUGCCGUAUUUUGUUCUAUUCUGAAUUCAGAUCAAAUUCCUGUGGAUAUUGAUGAAUGGAUGCUUUCCUCUGAUUUUGAUAAUGCAGUGAAUGUUGCAAAUGGAAAUAAUUCCGUGGACCCCAAUUCUUCAUCUUGUGCAGCUCGUCAGUCACCGUGGAUCAUCCAGCUGUGCCAAAAUAACAUAUUAAAUGAAGAACCACUUCCAAUCAAAAUACAGUCUUUGCAGUUACUCUGUUCUGUUGUUGGAAAAUACUUCCAAAAAUCAUCCUGUUUCUUUGAUGCUGUGGAAAACAUUGUUUUAUUUUGUCUUAAUAAUCCAGAUACAUCUAUACAACUACAUGGAGCUAAGCUUUUAGAUAUUUUUGGGCGCAGUAUAAAUAUUGUAACCAAUGCAGAACUGAAGGAAUCAUUACAGCCUUUAGUAUCUGCAUUAUGGCAGAGUGUGCUAAUGGGAUCUUUCAUCAAAUGUCUGACCAAUGAUGAAGCAAAAACUCUUCAGUCUGUAUGCUGCGAUUGUCUGUCUACAUUAUCAUCUAAUGAUUUUGAAAUGCUGCAGCCUAAACAACAAAUAACAUAUAUUACUGUGUUGCUGGGCUUGGCAUCUGAUUCCAAUCCUAAUGUCAGAGGAGCAGCAAUCCGUUGUCUUGGACUGUUUUGUUUAUUUCCAUCACUGAAUCAGGAUGCCACUUUCCUGGAUGAUGUUUCUGUCAUUCUAAUAAAGUCUGUCGAGGACCCGAAUGUCAAUGUCAGAUUCAAAGCAUCGUGGUCCCUGGGAAAUCUGAGUGAUGCUCUCUUUGUUAGCAAGGACCUUUUGAGUAAAGAGAUAUCUUACAAAUUCUUUUAUUCAAUGGGAAUAGCUUGCGUACGGUUUUCUCUUGACUGCGACCGCGUGAAGGCAAAUGCUGUCAGAGCACUGGGAAAUCUCUUAAGUUAUAUUCCGGAGCAAUUCAUAGGAAUCAAAACAAUGCAGGAAUUCAUCAAAGAAUCAUGUGAAUCACUGAAAUCUGCUCUCUCGUCCAGUUUCAUGAAAGUUUGUUGGAAUUCGUGUUAUGCUGUCAGUAACAUGCUCAAGAAUACCUAUCUUAUUGAACACUGUGAUUUAAAUCUGAAUGAAGUGCUCACUUGCUUGUUAAAAGUUCUCAAGUCACCUAAUUUUAAAGUUCGUAUCAGUGCAGUCCAAGCGUUAACUGCUUUGCCAAGCAGAGCAUUCUAUGGAAAUCUUUACCCAGUCAUUUGGCAGGAUUUGGUGUCAGCUCUCUAUUCCACGUCAUCAGAUGUAAACUUUAAAGAAAUAAAACACCAAGAAAAUUUGCAUGAUCAACUGUGUUUCAGUCUUUGUCAGCUGGCCUCGCUUAUUAAACCAGAAGACCUUGUAGAAAUUAAAGAUUGCAUUUUGUGCUCUCAAGAGGUGUUGUUAGUAUCUAUGUGGAAGCAUGGUUCACGGCUCUCAAAAGAAAAAAGUUUAUUUGUAUACAGCACAAUUGAAAAAAUAAACUGUCUGAAAAAUGCAGAGAUUUCAAAAGAUGAUCCUACUUUAACAAUUUUGCUAGAUAUCUUAAACCAAGCUCACUUUGCAUUUUGUAGUCAAGAUUCUUAAAUUAUAUGCAUUGUAUUAUAAUUUUUGCAUUUAUAUAUAAAUAUUUUAUAUCAUACUUUUUAUUAUCAUGGCAGCUAUAUAUGCAGCUA